CGCCUUUCACUGGUGCACCUGCGAUAACUUGCAGAAAAAAACAUGGACUAAUGUUUGCAUUACUCUACUUCUCCUGUGUAAUUCCGUAAGCAAAACGAGUGGCUGGAAAACAUGGCUUCUAAUGUAUCAGACUCGGACAAACCAUCGGUUUCUAAUGUGGAACAAAGCAGAAGUGGCCUCUGCGAUGAGUUUGCUGCAAUAACAGGAACCGACAGCGCUGUGGCUCAGUGCUACUUGGCUGAAAACGAGUGGGAGAUGGAGAGAGCUUUGAACUCAUUCUUUGAGGCUGAUUUGGAGAAAGUAUUUGAAGAAGAUUUUCCAGACGGUGAGACCAGCCCCAAAGCAAAGAGGCAGAAAGUUGAGGAAAAACCUCCAGCAGACUGUAUAGAUUUGACUGAAGACAGUCCGGCAUCCGCACGCAAAUCCUCAGAAGAAGACGACGACAAUAAGCUGUCACUGAUCUCCUGGAACGUGGAUGGACUCGAUACAGACAACCUUGGAGAGCGCGCCAGAGGCCUGUGCUCCUUCUUAGUCUUAUACACUCCUGACGUGGUGUUCCUACAGGAGCUUAUUCCACCUUACGUCCAGUACUUGAAGAAACGGGCCGUCAGCUACCUAAUCAUUGAAGGUGGCGAGGAUAAUUACUUCACCGGGAUGAUGCUGAAGAAGACACGGGUCAAAUUUUUGGAGAGCGAGAUAGUAUCUUACCCUACAACUCAAAUGAUGAGGAAUCUGCUUGUAGCUCAGGUGACAUUCAAAGGCCAGAAGCUGUGUCUGUUGACGUCCCACCUCGAGAGCUGUAAAGGCCAAGCAGAGGAACGGAUGAAACAGCUGCGUGUGGUGCUUCAGAGGAUGAGAGAGGCACCCGAGGAUGUCACCGUCCUGUUUGGAGGGGACACAAACCUGAGGGACACUGAGGUUGCCAAGGUGGGUCUGCCCUCCAGUGUCUGCGAUGUGUGGGAACGACUGGGAAAGCAGGAGCACUGCCGCUACACAUGGGACACCAAAGCCAACAACAACAAGACUGUUCCUUACGUCUGUCGCUGCCGCUUCGACCGGGUCUACUUCCGCCCUGCUGCCAAGGACGGCGUCCCACGCCUGGCCCCUGACCACAUGGCCCUGGUGGGGCUGGAGAAGCUGGACUGUGGACGCUUCACUAGUGAUCACUGGGGAAUCUACUGUAGCUUCUCUGCUGUGUAGAAAUGCACAAAACAACCUAAAACACGCCAGUUCUCAGAUCAGCUAAUGCAGUUUGUUUUGUGUGUUUUACGGUCAGUACAAAGAAAAUGAUCUGCCCUCAUCUGAGGUUGGUUAACUGUACAUUUUAUUUUGAUUUGUCAGUUUUAUCUUCUAAUGGGUCUCUUAUUGAAGUCUUUGCUUUUUUGAGUUUGUCUUUCUUUAAAAUUGAUAAAUAAAGGUAGAAAGCACCAAUAAAUAUUGCAGCAUUGUGUAUGUGUAGUAUUGAUAUCUGAGCACUAGAGAGCACUACAGAGUUCAAUUGCAAUUGAUAACAAAGUGACAUUUUCUGACGGCAGUACGGAGUUCAGUAUUUACAUAAAAAGAAAAAAAUAUCAAUCUGAAUAGCGACUCCGUAAUUUAAGCUAUAGGUCCAUGAACAUGACCCAACAGCAAACAAACUCAAACCCAUUAAAACAUGGACCCAAAACCAUGAGUGCAGCCCUUAUUUAUAUCAUUAAUACACCUGUGGUUUUCGUGCUAUGUCACAAAAGGUGUGUUGUGAAAUAGGCAUAUUAGAAUAUGAUUUACUUGCACCUAUAAUCUACAAUUCUAUACUAUGACCUCAGUUCUACCCCAAAACCUCCUCAGUCUCUG